AUGAUCUCGUUGAAUUAUCACCAACGCAAUACGCAGGCAGUGAAAGUUAUCCUCUCGGAGCUUUACGCCACUUGGAGCACCAGCGAUGAAGGUGCAUUUGACAUUCAGAAGGCCCUCGAGGAGAUACUCAAUGCGGCGCACCUGACUAAUAAAAGUGGCCAUGUAGAUGGCGGCCAGGCGCAACAUCGCUACGCUUCGCGUUUGGAUGACAGGGAUGAUAAUUGCCAGACAGAGCUGCGAGCUCUGGAAGUGAGCAGCUCGCACCACACAGAUCCUAACGUGGUGUCGCAACCUUUAUCUCCUAAACGUAGCACGUCUCCGCCACCAUCAUCUCCUGGUCAAAUGCGUCGCCGCUUAUCGGAUGAAUACCAAAGAACCCCAAGUCCUGUGCAAACACCCCGGUUCUUUGGUGUGGAUGAAUUGGAUUAUCCACACCGCGCAGGUUCCCCCGGUUGUAUAGCCCCGUCCUCACCUAGCGCCUCUUCACACGUAAAGCCUGUUGUGGACCCUAUGGCGCCCGUGCCACAUGUCAGCAACAACAGUGGCGCAACAGUCUCUCCGCCGGCAGCACACUCCUUAGGCGAUUUAAAUCUGGACACAAUUAUCAACGCAGCGAUGGUGUCAGGAGAUGUCUUUGCUUCUAUAGAAACAGUAACAAACGGAAGCGUGUCGCAGUCGCAGCGUUUUGUACACUCUUCUGGAAGCUUUGCUUUGACGCCACCUGAGAAUGUGCGGCGUGCAACCUACAAUGACAUCCCCACGUUUUAUGGAAAGGCGGAAAUGAGAGGUGCACUCCAUGCCAUCUCAGAGACAGAAGAAGAAGCUUUAAGGAGUUUCUUUGCUAUCAAAGGCUCUGCGCUAAAUCGCAAGCUGUUAUCAGGAUCUACUUUACCCAUCGACUCGACAAAAACGGUUCGAAAGGGUCAGUUUGGAAAGCUCUGUCAAGAUGUUUUUAAAAUUCCAACAUGGAUGAAGGAUGCGCUUUUUCGUCGCAUUGCAGCAGCAGCAGGCGUCUCUGAGUCCGCCGCUCUUACCUACGAGCAGAUAUCGAGUUACUACUACAACGUAUUUGGCCCACUGACGGUGAAUCGACGCCUGUUUGAGCUUAUUCGCGGUGAUUCGAACAAUGAGUAUUUAACGCUUCAAGAAUUUAAGGAUAUGGUGCGGUAUCUGGUUGACUCCCAUCCCGGGCUUGAGUUCCUCAAGCAACCUGAGUUCCAAGAGUACUACUGCCGCACCGUUGCUAUACGCAUCAUGUAUUCAUUAGAACGGCAACAAAACGGCCAAGUCAGAUGGUUUGCGUUUGAUCGUAGUGAUCUUCCUGAAGUAAUGAAAGAAUUAGAUGAAAAAGAUGUUAAUUUGGUGCUACAGUAUUUCUCUUAUGAGCACUUUUACGUUCUCUAUUGCAAGUUUUGGGAGUUGGACACGGACAGAGAUCAGCUGGUUGGGUUUGAUGACUUGUGCAAGUAUGGUCAAAAUUCCAUUUGUCCCUCUGUAAUAAAGCGGGUCGUGGAGGGUUCGGGGCGGCCACUCUCGUCAGGGAAAUUGGAAAAACUUGACUUUGAGGAUUUUGUGUACUUUUGCUUGUCAGAAGAAGACAAAAACAAUAGCCCGGCCGUAUACUACUGGUUCAAAGUGCUGGAUGUGGAUGGGGAUGGCAUCUUGAGCGGUUAUGAGCUGUAUGAGUUUUACAGGGAAAACCAUCAGCGUUUCUUAGAGUUUUCCGAGAGCCCAGAAGGAGAUUUGUCAUAUGCGGAUAUGAUGUGCCAAAUGAUAGACAUGAUGGGUUUCUCACUUUCCAAGGAGCAUCAGUUUGGCUUGACGUUGAGUGACCUGCGUGCCUGUCCGACGCCGUCCAACUUCUUCAACAUGGUGUUUAAUGCCCAGAAGUUUAUACUCUUUGAGCAUCGCGACCCCUUUGCAGAACAUCAGCAAAAGAUGAGGCCGGAAAAAACGGACUGGGACCGCUUUGCCCGUGCGGAGUACGACCGCAUGGCCAGCGAGGCCCAGUGA